AAUUUCAAAAGAGAUAUAUAUUAAUUAGCCGAAAAGAGGUAUUAUUUCACUUAGAGAAUCUGUUCUGAAAGAAAAUGAGAAAUAUAUGUUAGUAAAAGACAAUCUAAUGAGUCUUUCAGGUAAUCCAUAUUCAUCCGCUGUGAGUUCCUGUCUCACGCGCAGUGGAGGGAGCGGAACCCGGAUGGAACGGUCAUGGCUGCCGUCAGCGACCUGCCAGUCUAAAGAGAAAAGAGAGGAAAUUUUAUUCUAAAGCAUGGAGGUUGAACUGACAUCAUCAGAUGAUCCCCCUAAAAGCCAUGACCAGAGCCAGGAUGAUGACACCUCACUGGACCACCUCACUUUGCCUCUUGAGUUGGCACAUCAGCCUUCAGAGACAGCCUCUUGCAAUGAGCAUUGUGACCAAGAUGAAGCACCCCCUGAGGAGUCAGGCACUGAUAAUCUCAACACACAUGGCAAAGCUUCUGGAAAGUCUCCAUGUAAGAUACUGCAGGGUGCAAUCUUCUCUGGAAAAAUACUGAGCUUUUGUUGUUCUGAAUGCAAAGACGACACCACUUACAGCCCUAACGACUUGCUUAAGCAUUUUCAAGGAGUUCACAAGGGGACCCUUCCAACAUAUCCUUGUGAUCUGUGCUCAUUUGUCACCAAUGAAUUCUCUGCACUCCAGCGACAUCGCAUUGGACAUCGAAACACUUUGGUCACAUGCGAGAUCUGCAAUGAUGGGGUGCAGUAUUCUCUUCUUUUGCUAACAAGGCACUUUACAGCAUGCCACAGUCAUAAUGGACAUUUUCGCUGUAAAAAGUGUGAGUUUUCAACCAGAGAUGCUGGAACCUUCGUUCAACACAUUCAUCAUCACAAUGAACGUAAUCAAAAAUGUCCAAAUGUUAGCCCCACACAAGGGGAGCUUCAAAGGCACAACCUGGUGCAUUCAGGGAUUUUUCCAUUCUCUUGUCAGAUAUGUGGCUAUAGUGCAGCUCGCAGAGAGUACCUGAACAAGCAUCUUACUGUGGCACAUAGUGAAGAGCUGGAUAGAGCAAUCAAACGGAAAGCAAUUGAGGACAAUACUGGAGUUAAUUCACCUGGACUGAAAAUGUUGCUUAAAAAGUCUUCUCCAGUUGGAGGAUCCAGAGAAAUGCAGUGGAUGUCAAAACUUAACUCUCUUCCUGCCGUAGGACUGCUUGAUCACAACGGCAGGUUGUUUAAUCCUGAAAAAACCUUGGAGGAGACCCAGCACUACCUCGAAAGAGCUGUUGGGGUUAAAAAAGAUAGUCAUAAAUGGUCAAAGUCUCCCCUAAAGACUGAGCCACAGUGUCUGCACCCCAUUCCAGCAACAACACUUCAACCAAAGUUACAAGAGCAAGAGAUUAGUCCUGGAAGUGGACUUCUGAAUCCCACCAACAGUAAUGGACUGACCGUUCUUAUGGUAAAAAAUAAAAUUUCCAUUCCUCCUAACUGCACCACUAAAGUCAUGGGCUUUAAGAUGGUAGAUGGUAAAAAGCAUUUAGUUCUUAAAGUCAUACCAACAAAACAAGAGGACUCCACUGACAAUGAGGUCUCUGAUUCACAAAGUGGUGAGGAUGAAGAUAAAACCAGAAGCUCCUCAUCUUCACCAAGUGUAGGGUGUCUCAAUGUAGAGUCUGGAGAAUCAAAUGAGACUGGUGUUAAAAACUAUGUGAAAUCUUCAAUUAAAGAGGAGUCAAAGGAAGUUGAAAAUCUCACUGGCAACCAGCCCUCCUUGAUAGAGGAGCAUGCAGUUAGCUUCGAGAGGGCAUGGAAAAUAGGGCAAGUUUAUAAUGAGGAUGCCGGAAUCACCGACAAUGUCUCUCCUUCAGCUUCACAUAACGUUGACUUACCAUCUUCAACAUUACAAAAUUCAUCCCCAUCCCAGUGUCCGAGUAGUCAGUCCAAUGGUAGGUCAUCACCUAAUGAGAUAUCUUUGCUCUGUGAAAGAAGCUCCAAUGAGGACGUCAAGCCAGCAAAUCCAUCCGUCACAAUUCCUGUUUCAGCUUCAGAGCUUUCCACAGCUAUUUCAGAGACCACACUUUCUGAAUCUCCCAUGGCCGAAACAGAAUCAUCUAAAGACCAGACGACAGUGUUGUCUUCAUUUAUCGAUGGACUCCCAGUACCAGACUCUCCACUUUCCCAUGCAAAUUCAAUCCCUGAAAUGACUGUAGUUGACGCGAAUCAAAGCGCAAAUAUCCUGCAAUCUAAACGUCCAUCUAAAACAAUUGUAGAGGAAUCCCUUAUACAGAAAGCUACAUUAGAAAACAAUAAAUGCUUCAGAAAUGUUUUCUCUUUAGGUUGUAAACCAUGUGAGAAUAAAACCAGACAAAGCUACCCUACUGAAAGUCCCGUGGUCCCUGAUUCAGUGGCUGAAGAAGAGAAUGAUUCUGAUAAAGUUGAGACAUUAUCUGAGACAACUGCAAUUAAAGCCUUGUCCUCUAAAACAGUGUUAGAAGAGAGCUCUCAGUUUCUCCCAAAUGUUAGCGCUGCUCCUAAUGCAAGUAAGACCUCAGCCUCGGAUAGUGUAGUUGUAAAUUGCAAUUCCCCUAAAAUAACUACAAAUGAAAACAUAGAGUCAAACUCUAGUUCACAAAAUAAAAUUAGUACAGGUGAAUUGACUGAUGCCAAAGAAUAUUGCGCAGAGGUUGAAAAUAACUCCCUCAGUUCCUCGAGUCAAGAAGUCUUUAGUUUUCACAAUUAUUCUAAAGAUACCUCAGGCAGCUCACCUGAUUCCCUCCAGCCUGAGGAAGAUUCAACAGAGGGGAUGGAGGAAGAGGAAUGUGAGGAAGAUUUUGGAGACUGGAGCUUAACUUUGCCUGCAUCUCCUCCAUUUCCAGCAGAACAAUCCGAAGAAGAUUUACAAGGUUACAAACAGACAGGGGCAAAUGAUGAUGGUGGAGAAAAUGCAUUAGAACGAGUGUCAGAUAGUGAUAUUGAGGUUGAUGAGUGUAUAGCUACUUUUGACGAUUCAGUCGUUCCGGUGCUUCCAGAUAGCAUGCAAGAAACAGCUUGCUCAUCGAUGUCAGAGAAGAAACCGGACGAUAGGGCACCAGCAAGUUUGAAGAAUGCCACUGUUUUGGGCAAAAUACUUGAAAAGCACUCGGAUGCCAUCAUUAGCCAGCAACUUGAGAAAGAAAGAAUUAAGUCUUCGACUACAGUACAAGAACCUGUUAGGCCAACCAGAACAACACUUAGGAUCUUGCAAACACCUGAAGGAAAACAGCAGAUGUUCCUGCAAACUGCAGAGACUCCGUAUGGUGUGCCAGUUCAGCUUAAAAGUGGAGCUGGGUUCAAGCUCAUUACUAAGUCGUGUUCUCCCAAAAUUAAUGUGUCUUACGUGAAACCUGGCAUUGAAACGAACAGCAAGACUACAGGACUGGCUCUCACUUUAAACGGAGGCAGAAUUGGAACAUCUGCGCAAAGUUCAAAUGAGGAAUCUAAAGGACAAGCAACUGUUCAAAUGGCAACAAGCAGCAGUGGAAAUCGCUAUUUUGUCAACGCAGCUGCUCUUAAAGGUUCUCUUCUCUUAUCAAGUGCUGUGAAGUCCUCAUCUGGAGAACAGGCAACCGAUAUGCCACAAACUUGUUAUUUAGUUCAGAGGCCAGUCUCUGUUACCCCAGUUAGCAGUGAGUCCACUGGUGCAAGUUCCAAGCCUGUGCUUGCAACUCGUCCUGUAUUGGCAAUGCCUGUGAGUACAGCUGAUAAAACUGGUCCCUUGCAGACUGGGAGACAAGCUUACUUGGUUAGAUACAUUUCUCCAGCUAAGUCAGGUAUACUUUUGAAUAAUUCCGAUGGAAAAGCUUUAAACCAGGGCAACCAAGUAAAUGAUGUUGGCAAAAACAGGGUUUUCCUUAAAAUUCUUAGAGGUCCUAAUGGCACCAGAUUUCUCUCUAGUGCUCCAUACACCACCACCUCAGCCAAAAAACCUCUAUACCUUGCUACAAGUUCUUUACAGUCCCCUUACUUCUUAAUGUCCUCAAGUAAAUCUUUGAGCAAUGGGUCGGCAGGCCUGAAAACAUCUAUCAGUUCCCAGGGUUCCCAUAAACUGAUUCCAGCACAGCUUAUUCUACCCCAGUCAAAUGUUCAAAUCAAAAACAGGGGUGAUCCUGAUGUAGCAUUACAGAAGUCACCACUUGUUCCUUGUCUCACCUGUCCACCAAGCCAAAGGAAGAGGCGGCAAAAGGCUUUGUUUGGGGAAAUACAGGAGAGCUCUUCUAAAACUAGGAGAAUCUCAAGCAAUACAUCAAUUGAGAAAGAUGCUACUUCAAUUUGGGAGCCUGUUGCAAAGGAUGCAGAGAGAAAGCUGAGACUCUGUCCCUUUAGUCCACUUCAAGAAAUCAAAUGUCCCCGUCGAAACCAGCCUGUGGUCGUGUUGAACCACCCUGAUGCCGACAUUCCUGAAGUUGCUAGCAUCAUGAGAUCAGUGAACAAGUACAAAGGUGAAGUUUUCAAAGUGGUGCUGUCACAGAGUACAGUUAAAGCCCUCUCUGAGCUGAGCCUCACUGAUCCUUCAAACACACUUUCAAAGCAGAAGGCUUCCAAAAGCAGUGGCUGUGCAACAUCCAGGCCGGUAGGAGUCACUGUUCAAGAGAGAUUUAUAUUAAAACUCAAGUUAAAAAAGAUGAGUAGAAAUAAGUAUGAGGUGGUGAGGUCCUCAUCUACUGGUUUUGAGCAGCAGUCAAGGUUUUGUUGCUGGUUUUGUGGGCGACUUUUCAACAACCAAGAGGAUUGGAUUGGCCAUGGUCAACGGCAUCUUAUGGAGGCAACAAAAGAUUGGAACAAGCUGUUUUAAUGUAACACAAACCCCUGGAUUGGGCCAAAUGCCAUCCGUCAUUGUAGAAAACUGAUUUUUUUACAUUUAAUUCCGUUUUUAAUAGUACAGUAAGACACAAAAUAUAGACGUAAACCUGUCUAUAUUAUUUUUCCAUAGAUUUUUCUCAGAAGUUUUAAAGAGUAUUGUGUAAUAGAAAAGAGUUUGAUACCAGUUUGUAUGUAAAUAGUUUUAACCCUUGCAUAUUUAAAUCGAGUUGUAUAGAACGGAACUGUGAAAACUGGACACACUGUAUGUUUAUGGUGCACACAGUAAAUCACUGGUAUGAAAAGAAGGUGCUGUCUCUUAUAGACCACUUUUAAUGCAGAUGAUUGAACAGAUUUCUCAGGUAAUUCCAUAAUCUUAUAAUUAAUGGUCCAGCUUAUAAAAAAGUAAUUAUCCUCAGUCUGAAGCUGUGUUUGAUUUGUCUUUCUAAAUAUUAUGUACCAUUUAAGUACAGUUUAAGUUGGCUACAUGUCAUGCCUAAAUUGUAAGAGUUCAUGGAACCUAUUGAAAACUUGUUUUAUUUUCCAAUUAUUGUCCCUUUAUUUUUUUAAAUGUUCAAAAUAAUUGGAGAAAUAAGUGUGUUGGUAUACCUGCGAGUUUAAAUUGUUAUUUUAGGAAUUGUGGCAGAAAUAACAAAUUCACCUAAAAACAAACCAUCUGGUUCCUGUGGAAGCCAUCCUUUUAGAAUGAUUAUGUCCUUUGAGGGGGUUUUCCAUUAUUAUGCUCUAUUUUGUGUAUUAGUUCUCAUACUGUUUGUUUGGGUCACAUUAAUUUUCUCUGGUGCUAUGCAUCUCCCUUCAUUAUUUCAAAUUAGACCUGGUGUAAUUUCAGUAGCAAUAAUGGACUUCAUAAUUGUUUGAAACCUUUCCCUAUUAACCUUAUCUGUUGGUUAUCGCUUCUGUGCUCUUUGUUUUUCUUCUGUUCUUUUCUUCUUUUGAAUUGAAGAAAUGUACCUGUAAAUGUAUAAUUAUGCUUUACCUAAAGAAAAAAGAUAAGACCGCAUGUUUAGAGAUGCAACCCAACAAACCUCAUAUAGCCAAUCAAACACUAACUGUUUGUUCAUUUUCCAUUGGACAUUAGUGCCUCAUUCUGCCUCAAAGUUUUAACCAGAGGGUCUGUUUCUUUUCACCGUUAAGUCCAGAUUUGUAAGAUUCUUGUGUGCUUAGCAGACGUGCAAAUACUUCCCCUAAACAAUUGGUGGCCCAAUAUCAAUUCUCUUCUCUAUGGUUGUUUACAAUUAGAUUUGACAAUAAGAAUACAAAUAAACAAUUGGUUAAAAAGCAUUAAAACAGAGUUUAAGCAUUCAGUAUGUAUAAUUUGCAUUAAAAGCCUGCUUUACUGGUAAUUGGAUACAACCAUUGUUUUUUAAAAAGGUCAACUGUGUUAACGCUGUCGUGAACCUAUAAAGUGUGCUCGGUGGUCCUUUAAAAUUGAUCUGUCAAUCUGCAAAUUUUAGAUGUUCUUUUUUAUACAAUUUGUUUCUUAUUAACCCUGACAAACACCUCAUAAGUGAUUUGGUCUGCCACACUGAAAUCUCACAGAGAAAUUUGUAAUUAUGACAGAUGUAUUCAUUUGGCUGUGUCCAUAUUGGUCUUUGUCCAUGGUGCUUUACAGUGUAAGAAGCUUUGAUGGCAGAGAGGUAGUAAUCCAUCCUUGAUUUAUAUAGCGUUCCAUGUUUUAAAUCUGUUUUUCCUAACAAAUAGGUAACAAACAAAUGUUGUUGGCAUAGAAAGUUUUCUCUCUAAAAAAAAUAAAAAUUACUGUACAUUGUUUUUCACCCUCUAUAUGACAUGACAAUCACUGUUAUACAUGUGAAAUAGUCAAAGUUUUAUGCAAACCAUAACAGUUGACUAAUAUUCAGCUCGAAUGUCUCUGCUUGAAAAAAAUGAUGUCAUGCCAUGAGUGAGCAAACAUA